AUGUCUGCCGCUCCCGCCAGCUGGUCCCUCGAGGGCAAGGUCGCCGUUGUCACUGGCUCCGGCCGUGGUAUCGGAAAGGCGAUGGCCAUUGAGCUCGGCAAGCGCGGUGCUAAGGUCGCUGUCAACUACGCCAACGCCAUCGAGGGUGCGGAGGCAGUUGUCAAGGAGAUCAAGGCUCUCGGAAACGGUGCUGAUGCCCACGCCUUCAAGGCCAAUGUCGGUAACGUCGAGGAGACCAUCAAGCUGAUGGACGAUGUUGUUGCACACUUCGGCAAGCUCGACAUCUGCUGCUCCAACUCCGGUGUUGUCUCUUUUGGCCACUUCGCCGAUGUUGAGCCCGAGGAAUUUGACCGUGUCUUCAACAUCAACACCCGUGGUCAGUUCUUCGUCGCCAAGGAGGCGUACAAGAGGAUGGAGGUUGGUGGCCGCAUCAUCCUAAUGGGAUCCAUCACUGGUCAGGCCAAGGGUGUUCCCAAGCACGCCAUUUACUCUGGCUCCAAGGGCGCCAUCGAGACCUUUACCAGAUGCAUGGCUAUCGAUGCUGGUGAGAAGAAGGUCACUGUCAACUGCGUUGCUCCCGGUGGCAUCAAGACUGACAUGUACCACGCUGUCUGCCGCGAAUACAUUCCCGGAGGUGACAAGCUCAGCGAUGACCAGGUUGACGAGUACGCUUGCACAUGGUCUCCCCACAACCGUGUCGGUCAGCCCAUCGAUAUUGCCCGCGUCGUCUGCUUCCUUGCUUCGCAGGAUGGCGACUGGGUCAACGGAAAGGUCAUUGGCAUCGACGGUGCUGCUUGCAUGUAA